CUUUUAACCAAUAGGAAACGUUAUCCUGUGAUCCUUCUCGUCGUUUCCUGCGCGUGAACGACCUCAAGUCCUCGAAAAGCAGUGCUGCUGAGGAACUUGGACUUUUGUCCUCUGUGCGGGUUUUUGGGCAAUUCUCAGAGCCGUAAUCAUGGUUCACGAGAGGAAGAUGAUCACGUACGACGACCCCGAAGAGGAGGAGGAAAAUGCUGAGGAGGAAGAGGAAGAGGAGGAGGAAGAAGAGCAAGACAUGGUGGACCCUCUAGAAACAAUACGAGCCAAGUGUGAGCAGACUGAACACUGUGUGCACACCAAGGAGCUGCUGGAGACAUGUGAAGCCCGAGUCGGCUCCCGAUCCAACACUGUUGAAGAAUGCACAGAAGAACUCUUCGACUUCCUGCAUGCACGGGACCAUUGUGUGGCGCACAAGCUGUUCCACCAUGUGAAAUAACCUGCCUGCUCAGCUCCCUCCACUUGCAGCUGUAGACUCUAUUUAACUGCUAAAAACUGUAAAAUAAUCAGGACUAUUCUGUUCUUCUGUGUAUUAAUGUAAAUUAAGUGUAUUGGGUUCCUUGACUAAAUACAUGCCACUUUUCCUGUA